AUGGAGGAAGAUCAUAAAUUGUCAAAAGAAUCAUACGCCACGAUCUCUUCAGUUUCAAAAUAUAUUUCAAAGGCUUUCGCUCACAAAUAUAAAUAUAAAGACAAAGAUAAUUCUUCUUGGUACUUAGCACCAAGUCUCACUUCACGAUUCGACUCGGACACGAGUUUGGCACGGAGUUAUUACGGCUACGGUACUCCGGCAUUUUAUUCAACAUUUGAUCCAAUAAGUGUACUCGCAUCAUUGGCAUUUCUUGCAUUCCUACUCCAAUCAUUUAUGUCACUAUUUGAUAGAUCACGAUCAAUAAUACCAGCAAUCGUUACCAGUAGAUCUGUCUCACGUGAUGAAGUUCCUGAUCCAAUAAAACUUAUCAUGCAAGCUCUAGAUGAAUAUGAAAUAUUUAACGAUAAAGUGCCAGAUAAAAAGGAACGGGACAAAAACUACUGAAACUCCUCAGCUCUGAUACUUAUAAAUAAUAUAUUAAUUAUAAAAUAACAAUAAUAAUGUAAUUAUAUUUAUGUAU